CGUGCCAGCCGAAUCAUCUCUCUCUCUCACACCUAAACCUUUGCCACCUUUUUUAAACGCCUCCUCACCCCCUCUCCCUCCUUGAACCAUUCUCUCUCUCUCUCUCUCUCUCUCUCUCUCUCUCUCUCUCUCUCUCUCUCUCUCUCUCUCUCUCUCUGUCUCUCGAUCUCUUUGAAGCUAGCCAUGUCUGGGGAAAGAAGAGGAGGAGGAGGAGGCCAUGGAAGUGUGUUGUGGGAAAACCAGUCAUGGGCUUUUUCGAAUUCUGACAAUUCUGGUGGGAGUGAAGAGAAAACGGGCAAGAAGGUACAAGGGUCUAGCUCGAAUAGCCAGACAGAGAUAGGAGUAGAAGGGGCGCCGCCGCCGCCGCCAAAUAAGAAGCGGAGCCGAGGUGGUGUGAGCGAAAACGGGAAAGGGAGUGGUGGUGGUGGUGGUGAAGGAAAAGAAGGUGGUGAAUCAGAUCAUGAGAUACAUAUAUGGACAGAGAGAGAGAGGAGGAAGAAGAUGAGGAACAUGUUUGCUAAUCUUCAUGCUUUGCUUCCUCAACUUCCUGCUAAGGCUGACAAGUCCACCAUCGUGGAUGAAGCGAUAAACUACAUCAAAACCCUACAGAACACUCUCCAGAAGCUACAGAGGCAAAAGCUAGAAAGGCUUCAAGGUGCCGCAACUUUUGGCUUUGAGCUGCAGCCAUCUAUCAUGGCCUCGGCCUCGGCCUCACAAAAGUUAUCAUACAACUCGAGGGAGGCAUUCUUAGCUGAUCAAGGAUCUUCAAAUAAUCUGGCCACGGCUGCAACAAGUUCUUCAAAUUCACUUUCACUGUUGCAAUAUCCUGUGAUCUUUCAAACAUGGACUUCUUCCAAUGUCAUCUUGAAUAUUUGCGGUGAUGAAGCACAAAUUAGUGUUUGCUCGCCUAAGAGGCCUGGACUCUUGACCACCAUUUGCUACGUGUUGGAGAAGCAUAAAAUAGAAGUGGUAUCCGCUCAUAUUGGCUCAGAUUGUAAUCGGAGCAUCUACAUGAUUCAAGCACAUGUAACUGGGGCUUCUGAUCAGUUCCAAGAGGCUGCAUUUCCUGUGGAAGAAAUAUACAAGCAAGCUGCGGGAGAGAUAAUGUUAUGGGUCUCUCCCUGAUCAUCAUCCUGGAAACCCAACACACAAGAUUUUCGUCUGGUGGUGAGUGCAAACUAGUGGGCUAGCAAUACAUAUUGAUUUGCAGAAGCUAAACAACCUUGAUAGUCAUAUAUAUUCAUAGCCAUGUAUAGCUCCAAACAAGCUGUAGUCUGCAAUCAAAAUACAUACUAGUUUCAAUUUCUACA